AUGUCAUACCUGAAAGUUAUGAUCAUAUGGAACAUACUAUGCAUAUCCCUGGUGGUUCUUUCAUUGUCCUUGAUUCCAGAGGUGUCUUCUCAAGAUGUAUCGAGCUGUACAGGGAGAUGUGGGGCAGGGUAUUCUAGAGAGCAUGACUGCCAGUGUGAUUUUAACUGUCACCACUACAUGGAGUGCUGCGCUGACUUCAGGAAAGUCUGCACAGUGGCCGCCUCCUGCGAGGGACGCUGCUUCGAGGCCUUCGAGAGGGGCCGCGAGUGCGACUGCGAUGCCGACUGCGAGCGGUACGGAAAAUGCUGCCCAGACUACGUCAAGUACUGUAAAGAGGCACACACAGAAAAGCCAACCCCAGAGACUCCUCCAGACAACAAAUCUAAAAGGUCCUCCACAGAUGAGGAAGAGUCACCAGAGGAAGCUGUGGAAGAUCCUGAAAUCCCAGUGACCACUCCUGCCCCAACCACAGAACCUGCAGGGACAACCCCCGAGGCCACAGAGGAACCAGCGACCGAAGCUGAGCCUCCCACUCCAGACACAACAGAAGAUGUGACCCCUGAUGCCACAGAGGAGCCACUGACUGAAAUGGACCCAACUGACCUGCCCCCAACACAGGACCCAACCCCUGACGCCACUGAGGCGGCAGCAACCGACAGCGAGCCCCUCACCAGCCCCACGCCUGAGGAGACAACCCCAGAGGAACCAACAACUCCCCCACCAGAGGAGACAACAACCCCAGAGGAACCAACGACACCAGCACCAGAGGAGACAACCCCAGAGGAACCAACAACUCCUAAACCAGAGGAGACAACCCCAGAGGAACCAACAACACCAGCACCAGAGGAGACAACCCCAGAGGAACCAACAACUCCCCCACCAGAGGAGACAACCCCAGAGGAACCAACAACACCAGCACCAGAGGAAACAACCCCAGAGGAACCAACAACUCCCCCACCAGAGGAGACAACAACCCCAGAGGAACCAACGACACCAGCACCAGAGGAGACAACUCCAGAGGAACCAACAACACCAGCACCAGAGGAGACAACUCCAGAGGAACCAACAACACCAGCACCAGAGGAGACAACUCCAGAGGAGCCGACAACACCAGCACCAGAGGAGACAACUCCAGAGGAGCCGACAACACCAGCACCAGAGGAGACAACUCCAGAGGAGCCAACAACACCACACAAGAGACAACCAGAGGAACCAACAACUCCCACCAAGAACACACCAGAGGAGACAACAACCCCAGAGGAACCAACAACUCCCCCACCAGAGGAGACAACAACUCCAGAGGAACCAACAACACCAGCACCAGAGGAGACAACUCCAGAGGAACCAACAACACCAGCACCAGAGGAGACAACUCCAGAGGAGCCAACAACACCAGCACCAGAGGAGACAACCCCAGAGGAACCAACAACACCAGCACCAGAGGAAACAACUCCAGAGGAACCAACAACACCAGCACCAGAGGAGACAACCCCAGAGGAACCAACAACACCAGCACCAGAGGAGACAACUCCAGAGGAGCCAACAACACCAGCACCAGAGGAGACAACUCCAGAGGAGCCGACAACACCAGCACCAGAGGAAACAACUCCAGAGGAACCAACAACACCAGCACCAGAGGAGACAACCCCAGAGGAACCGACAACACCCCCACCAGAGGAGACAACCCCAGAGGAGCCGACAACACCAGCACCAGAGGAGACAACCCCAGAGGAACCAACAACACCAGCACCAGAGGAGACAACCCCAGAGGAGCCGACAACACCAGCACCAGAGGAACCAACAACACCCCCACCAGAGGAGACAACCCCAGAGGAACCAACAACACCAGCACCAGAGGAGACAACCCCAGAGGAACCAACAACCCCUCCACCAGAAGAGACAACCCCAGAGGAACCAACAACACCAGCACCAGAGGAGACAACAACCCCAGAAGAACCAACAACACCACCACCAGAGGAGACAACCCCAGAGGAGCUGACAACACCACCACCAGAGGACAAAACUCCAGAGGAGGCCACAACUCCUAAACCAGAAGAGACAAUCCCAGAGGAACCAACAACACCAGCACCAGAGGAGACAACCCCCCCACCAGAGGAGCCGACAACACCAGCACCAGAAGAGACCACUCCAGAGGAACCAACAACACCCCCACCAGAAGAGACAACCCCCCCUCCAGAAGAGACAACAACCCCAGACGAACCAACAACUCCUAAACCGGAAGAGACAACCCCAGAGGAACCAACAACACCACCACCAGAGGAGACAACCCCCCCACCAGAGGAAACAACCCCCCCACCAGAGGAGCCAACAACACCACCACCAGAGGAGAAAACCCCAGAAGAACCAACAACACCAACACCAGAGGAGACAACCCCCCCACGAGAGGAAACAACCCCAACACCAGAGGAGCCGACAACUCCUAAACCAGAAGAGACAACCCCAGAGGAACCAACAACCCCCCCACCAGAAGAGACAACAACCCCAGAGGAACCAACCACACCAUCGCCAGAAGAAACAACUCCAGAGGAGCCGACAACACCAACACCAGAGGAAACAACCCCAGAAGAACCAACAACACCAACACCAGAAGAGACAACCCCAGAGGAACCAACAACACCAACACCAGAGGAGCCCACCACCCCCAAACCAGAGGAGACAACCCCAGAGGAGCCCACAACCCCCAAACCAGAGGAGACGACCCCAGAGGAGCCCACAACUCCCAAACCAAAAGAGACGACCCCAGAGGAGCCCACAACUCCUAAACCAGAGGAGACGACCCCAGAGGAGCCCACAACUCCCAAACCAAAAGAGACGACCCCAGAGGAGCCCACAACUCCUAAACCAGAGGAGACGACCCCAGAGGAGCCCACAACUCCCAAACCAGAGGAGACGACCCCAGAGGAGCCCACAACUCCCAAACCAGAGGAGACGACCCCAGAGGAGCCCACAACUCCUAAACCAGAAGAGACAACCCCAGAGGAGCCAACAAUGGCAGACUCUCCCACUACCCCUAAACCUGAAGAAACAACUGCAGAAGAACCUACAACCAAGGCAGACUCUCCCACCACCCCUGAAGCAGAGGAUGCUGACUCCCCACCCACCCCUGCUGCCCCUGAGGCCACUAAAGUCACGGCUUCUCCGAGUAGUGCUGCACCCACAACAGUUGGGAAGGACUCCCCCACAACUGGGGCAGGGACAAUGCUUUCAGAUACCACAAUGGAGAUCAAGGAGACAACAACACCAAAGAAAGACAGAACUACUCUGCUUAAAGACAUUUUCACAGCUGCAACUGGGAAAGACACAGUUACUGUAGCUAUGGUGACAACAGCUAAAGCAGGUGAUUCUCCUAAAGGUAUGGAUGAUGUUCCAAAUGCAGCUCCUACGGCCAAGGAUCCUGUCACUGCAGCAACUGAAUCAGAAACAACUUCUACAGACACCAAGACUGCAACAACAGCAGCCACAGCUCCCUUGCCCAGUCACACUGUGCUGGUAACAACCAUCGAGGAAGAUUCAACUCCUCAGCCCAGUGAGGCUGUAACACCAAAAGAAAAAGAGACAGCUACAGACACUGAGCAGGCUGGGCCAGCAGCAGACAAAGAGAGCCCAGGUGCUGCUUGUGUUAUUGUGGAGAUGACAACAGCCGGUAAAAAAGAGGAAACAACCAUUAAAGAAAUGGGCACCACACCUGAAAAAGAAAUGGAAGAUGUCACUGAAAAGGCCCCUGGUACUGCCAAAGAAGAGGUAACUACAGUUACCAAAGAAACCACAACAAGGGACAAAAAGGACACAAUAGAAGAAAUGUAUCUUGUGUCUAAUGGGACAUCCAAGCCAACAAUACAUUUCCAGGAGGUCACUGAGGCUGCAGAAGAACCUCAUCCAACUGAACCUGAAACUCUGCCAGCAAAAGAAGAGCCCGAGAUAAACAAGCCUUUAAUACAAGUUGGGGACCUGCCAAUGUUCCCUGGAGAAACACCAGAGAGGAACGACGAGAAGGACCUGUGCAGCGGCAAGCCAGCGGACGGCAUGGUGGCCCUGCCCAAUGGCACCCUGGCCGUCUUCCGAGGUCACUAUUACUGGCUGCUGAACGGCCGGAGCCCGCCGACUACCAACCCGCGCCGGAUCACCGACGGCUGGGGCAUCCCCUCGCCCAUCGACUCCGUCUUCUCCAGGUGCAACUGCGAUGGAAAAACCUUCUUCAUCAAGGGUCCCCUGUACUGGCGCUUCACUAAUGGUGUUAUGGAUAAUGGCUAUCCCAAACCUCUCGCAACUGGAUUUGCAGGGCUAAGUGGGAGAAUAGUAGCAACCCUCCCUGUGGCAAGAUACAACACCAGACCAGAAUCUGUUUAUUUUAUCAAAAGAGAUGGGAACAUGCAGCAGUACGUGUACAGACAAGAGCCAGCCAAGAAGUGUCAAAGAAGACCCCAGGUCACCAUCAGAUACCCAGCCUUUGUCCCCAGAAUUGUCAUCCGGCGGCGCUUCCAGCGUGCGGUGCGAAUGCCGACCGUCAUCCGCACUGUCAGGAUCAACCCCCACCCCUCUGGAGUUCUGCGCAAGGAAAUCCAAAUGACAACGUACUGGAGAGGGCUCCCCAAGGUUGUCCACUCAACUCUCUCCAUACCCAACCAGAACAAGCCCGAUGGCUACGACUACUACGCCUUCUCUUACAAUCGGUACUACAGUUUGGAUAUUGGCAAAAGAAUAGCACGGCCUGUUACUGCUCUCACAGGAAAGACUGUAACCAAAGACUGGUACAACUGUCCCAGCAAGUGAUGUACAGCAGAGGAGUUAAAUCAAGAUGCCAUUUGGAUG